CUGAUCAGCGCAUUCUGGCCGGGCCCGCUCACCCUUCUCUUCCCAAAAUCAUCCAAGAUCCCCGAUAUCUGCACAGCGAAUCAGCCAACGGUAGCGAUCCGGAUGCCCUCGCACCCCAUCGCCCGGGCAGUCAUUUCCCUCUCCCACACUCCACUAGCAGCACCAUCAGCGAACGCCUCUGGCCGCCCCUCGCCCACGCGAGCGCAGCACGUCCUCACAGACCUUGGGGGCAAGAUCCCGCUCAUACUGGACGGAGGCGCGUGCGACGUCGGUGUCGAGUCUACUGUCGUGGACGGGCUCUCUUCACCAGGAGUGAUCAAAGUCCUCCGUCCAGGUGGACUGACUGUCGAGGAGCUCCAGCGAGUCCUGGGCCCCGGAACGAAGGUCCUCGUUCACAAACGGGAUUAUGAAGAUCCGGAGAUCGAGCAUGUGCCCACGACGCCGGGGAUGAAGUACCGACACUAUUCGCCCACCACCCCUGUCGUGCUCCUGCUUCGGACCACGCCGCCGGAAGGGAAGAAGGCAGAAUCGAUACACGAUAUCCUCGAUGAGCUGCACGAUGAGCUGUCGCCCCAGCAGGAAGAUUUCAGAGUUGGCGUGCUCGCUUUCUCCAACUCGCCGAUCACGUUGGCGUGCAUAACGACGCACUACCACACGCACCGGUACUCCCUUGGCAACCGGAACGAGCCUUCUGAGGCUGCGCAUAGGCUGUUUGAUGGCCUGUUAACGCUCGAUGCGGAGGGAGUGGAUAUCAUCCUUGUAGAAGGGGUGGAGGAGGACAGAGAAGGGUUGGCGGUGAUGAACAGGCUGAGGAAGGCGGCGGGGGAAGUAAGAUAUAUAUGGGGAUAGAGUGAUGUGGAAACACGUGACAAUGUAC